AUGGCGAGCCGGGGGCGUGCAACGGCUGGGGCGAGCUCGUCUGAGGAGCUGCAGCUGUGGCAGACGGUGCGCACACAGCUCAAGAGUCUUGAAAAUGCACGCAGCGCGUCGCUCGCGGGCUACGAGCGCCUGGUGCGUGCACAGAGCGAGAGUCCGACCAAGAGCGUCGAAGGGAUUUACAAUGUCGUCGAGAACUGUAUAUUGGACGAGCAGCGUGCCAUCAACAAUGCGCUGGAGCAGAUUGAUGUGUUGACUGCGCUGAGGCAAGCAUCAAUGGACACGUCGCUGGACAGCCGACGACGCAAGCGCAAAGCCGACGAUAUCGGGGACGAGUCGCUGGACGCUCCGGCACUGGAUACCAAGUCAAAGAUGGUUGCCGAGAGUCGGCGCACACGCAUUGCUUCGAAUUCACUCCUGAAGCGGUCCAAUAGCCUCUCGGCGACGGACACCGAGGAUCGGCUCUUGGCGCAGCUCCCGCUGCAGCGGGGCCGCAAGGUGGCUUUCUGCCAGCCGCAGCGUGGCGAGGUGCUUGCCGGCGACGAUGGAGAGGUAUGGAUCAUGGCGACCGUGAUUGGAAGCAUCAACAACGAUCCCCAUCGCUACAUUGUACAGGAUGCCGAGGACGAAGGCACGGCCGGCCCGACCUACAAUACCACGAUCAAGUCCAUUGCACCACUUCCCAACAGCGUCGAUUCACUGCCGCCCGACGACUACCGCGCUGGGACGCGCGUCCUGGCACUCUAUCCGGAUACCAGCUGCUUUUACAAUGCUACGAUCCAGGGCGGGGGGCCGGCGAUCUCGAAAUCUACACCACGCUCCAAGAUCCAAAAGCGCGAGACGGAGCUCUUGCAUACGCCGUACCAACUCAUGUUUGACGACGACGGCGCCGACAUCAAGCACGUCCCUGCCUACUUGGUCGUGGAGCAUCCAUAG